GUUACGGAGGUCCAAUAUAUCCUUUAACCUAAACUAUCUACCUCGCUACUCACCGAGGACUUGACAACAUCAAGGUAAUUCACGACAGUUGAGUGACGGGGAAAAGAACAAAGAAAAAUACGUCUUUAGGCUCGAAGAUUCAUGAUCACCUAGCUACCGUCACAUUUCUAUAGAGAGAAAGGAGCGCACUCAUCGUUCUCUUCUUCUUCGCCGUCUUUAGUGACGUUGUACCCCCCGAAUCUUACAGGUAGUUGGUUACAGGCACCUGUUACCUAGAAUUGAGCUACUACUAGCCCGGAAUGUCGCAUUGCCACGAUGAGCACGCUGGCCACAGCCAUGGCAAUGGCCAUCACGACCACGACCACGAACACGACCAUUCAGACGACAUCACGCCGGCUCUGCAGCACAGCCUGUACCAGCAUAUCCAGUUUGAUGACAUCAUCACCCUCAAUGAAUCUGAGCGGGACUCCGGAAAGGCCGUCGUCAAAAAGACCUGGGCCGAGCGGUUGCAGAUUGAGCCUGAGCUUGUGAGCGACGCCGAUGAACAGAUAAUUGUGAACAUCCCAUUCACAGGUCAAGUAAAACUACACUCAAUACUUCUACGCAGCUCGUCGUCUAGCAGCGCUCCCCGAACGCUACGGGUGUACACCAACCGAGAUGACGUUGAUUUUGACAACGUGGACAGCCUGAAAUACGUCCAGGAGUUUGAGCUAAGCCAGACGUCCGAGGUGCAGGAACUCCCCGUCAAGCGGGCUCUAUUCAGCAGGGUGCGCCGGCUGACGCUAUUCUUCGUGGACAACUUCGCCACCGGCUUUCGCGACACUGAUGACGACGAUGGCGUAUCUGACGAGGAGGAGGGCGAUGUUUCAAGAUUAAGCUAUCUCGGCUUCAAGGGCGAGUGGAUGCAACUCGGUCGCGCGCCUUCACAGAUCAUCUACGAAGCUGCGCCUAACCCUAAUGACCACGCCCUUAAGGGCACCAGCGCCAAGAAGUUGUCAAAUCGAAUGUAAAAAAGACAUGUGCUUUGUUCCUUUUCGAAUGACCGUACAUCUAGUUCGGUAGCUCACAAUGCGCAAAGAGUACCUAAUGAGGAACCCUUUUUUUCACCCUAGUUUUUCCCUUGUAAUAAAUGUAGUAUCGAGGCCAAGUGUUACAUGAAGUCGUCUUCCCAGUCCUCGCCUGUAUUGUGGUUACUUGAGGCGGCGAUGUUCUCCUCGGAGAAUAAUUCGUCAUACGCAUGAUCCUUCUGCCAUUUCUUAUCCGCUCUCUCCUGUGCUAUCCUAGCAUCUUCUUUCUUCUGUUGUGAGGUGAACUGUGUUAGCGGCAUAUCCUUGUGUACACUCAAGCUCAAAUACCAUGCUAGUAAUAGAGAUAUGUAGGGGAUGGAGGGGGGGGAUUUUUUUAUUCUUUAAUUAAAAGAAAAAACGCACUCUUUCCUGUCUCGCAAUCUGGU